AGAACUGGCAGAUAAUAUCGCAUACUUUAUUGGAAAGUUCUCUUCAUAAUUUAUAAACAGCAGUGUUAUAUUCCUUUUAGUGGAAUCACUGAAUACUAUUAACGCAUCUGUUGUUUGUAGCGUGUGGGCUAGCAGUGUUCCCGACGGUAAUUAUUCUGCCGUCACAUUGUCAAUCCCUCCAGCGAACAUCAUUAAGUCUCAGCUCUGGAACCUGGAAGCACAGAAGGAAAGAAUUUGUAACGGACGUAGUAUGGACUUGUCUACGUUUAAAUUUGUUGUGUGAUAUUUGCCUUGCAGAUUAAAUAUUUAAUGCCUUAAGAAGGAAUAACUUUUAUUGCAGGCUGUCAUUAUGGACCUAGAGUUCUCAUUACUGACGUUUAGCCCGUCCCAUGUAAAAAAGAAUAUAAAGUUAGAUAGUGCAGGCAAAGGAUCAUCAAAGCUUACAUUGAGACAAAGACGUCUUUAUUCAACAAAAGAAACGAAAGUUACAGGUGCCUGUAAGGAGAAAUAUACUUCUGCAGCGAACGUAAACAAUAUGCAAGAAAAGCUACCAAAAAUAGAUUUUGCUGUUGGUGACAAUGUUAUACAGCCCUUUGGUAUACUGCACGAUAAACCUGUCGUUAAGUCACGUGUUAGUAAAGGAAAGGAAAAUCGUGGAACUGUGGAUUUGACUUCUGAUUUAGACAGGUUAGUUACAUGGAAUGUCAAGAAUGAUCAUAAAACUAGCCGCAGGCUUUCCUCUGACCAAUGUCAUGAAAAUGGAACACCAAGGAAGAAGCAUUCAAUUGAAGUAAAAAAUAGUCUCAGCCCAAAUACAGCUGAGUGCUUGGCUUCUGAAGUGAAUACAUGUGUAUCAUCUCCUGCAAAAUCAUGUGGAAAAUCAAGAUAUUUUUCCUGCUCUCAAAAUUUUCCGAAAUCAUCCACAGUGUUACUUUCUGAGUCAGGCUCUUUUUCAGUGGAUGAGAUAUGCUCUAAAAGCAAAGAUAAUGAUGCUAAAGUGAACAGAAGUGUAAUUAUUGUAUCUGAUAGUAGUACUUCAAGUGCCAUUACAAAUUCUAUUUCUGAACAACAGAUUAAACAUUCAUUACCUUCAAGAACUAGAGAAUACAAGAAUGGUGUGCAAAAAUGUACAGUUGUUAUAGACACUUCUGACAGUGAAAAUGAAGUUUUAAAUGGUAGUUGUGAGGCACCAUUUAAAUUUACUUCAAAUUUGAGAACCCCUUUACACUCAGAUAUAAAGUCUCAGACACUCAACAAUACGAGACAUGAGAAAGUAGGAGGUUCUAUUGCAGAUUUAGAAUAUGUGCCACCUCCCACAUCACUUCAGUUGAAGCAAACAAAAUAUCAAGAUAUUGAAAAUUGGUUAUGUAAAGUAAAAUCUUUGGAUGGGAGUGAUAACAAUGAUCCUGACAAAAUGCUUGAAGUAAGUGGUCUACAGAAGUUUGAAGUGACAGGUAAUAGUGUUGUUUUGAAUUCGUCGGCUGAAGAAAUUCUUGACAAUUUAUAUGGAGAAACAUGGCGCAAAAGGAAUCCAAAGGGUUCUGAGACUGAACCGUGUAAAAAGAAAUUCUCAAGAAAUAUGCCUAUUGUUAGGCAACACAGUGAAAGGAAAAAGCAGAAAGUAGCCAAGAGUGAAGAUUCUGUUGUCAGUAGUACUGACAGCGGAGAGUUCGAGAACUUUUUGAAGAAUGUACGCCAAGAAUUUGAAUCAACUCGAAGGGAUUCUAUUCUGGGAACACCAGACUUUAUUGAUGAUAAUGUUCAGGACAACAGUCUUGGCUUCUAUCUGGGUGUGCUUAAUAGCAAGGAUCUUAAGAAAGAUCAUCUGCAAUUGAAUUGUAAGAAGGAAAAUAGCAAAUCCCUACAUGCUGUUGGUACAUGCAAGCAGCUGUGUUUUUCAAGCAGUGAUGAUGGUGAUGUGCCAGCUACAGAGCAGAACUGUGCUGGAAAUAUUGAUACUUCAAAGCCCAGGACUAAUGAGAAGAAACCAAAUGAUUUGAAAGAAAAGAACAAUGUGAAAAGGCCACAGAAAAUAAUAGUUCCUCCGGUAAAACAAACUUUGGUUAAAAGGACUCCAAAGACAGUGGGACAAACCAAAGUGAAACCUUUUUUUGACAGACAAGUCAGCAAGUUUUGCUCUCCUGUUCUCAGUUUCUUGGCAUCACUUUCAGCUGGGAUUUCAAAAGGACGAUGUCACCCAGAAGCAGAGUAUUAUAAAAGUAAUUUCAGGAUGAAGAAGAAAGAACUCUGCAAUAAACUCUUCAAGAUGUACAAUGAUAAAAUAUUUGAUAAUAAGCUUCCCCAUGAUAUGCUUGUGGAGUGGAAUGCUAGGUUGAAGCGGACAGCUGGUUUCUGUUAUAAUCGCCGGACAGUAACUUCACCUGGGACCAAGAUUCGAACAUCACGAAUUGAACUUUCAACAAAGGUGUGUGACACAGCCGACCGUUUACGAGACACCCUGAUUCAUGAGCUGUGCCAUGCAGCAACGUGGAUUGUGGAUGAUGUUAAGGAUGGACAUGGACCUCAUUGGAAAGCUUGGGCCAGAAAAGCUAUGCGUGUGUUUCCAGAACUACCACCAAUAAAACGCUGCCACGAUUACAGCAUUCAAACCAAAUUCACAUAUAGAUGCACAGGUUGUGGAUACAGUAUUGGUCGUCACUCUAAAUCCUUAAAUGUUGCCACUAAAAGAUGUGGACAUUGUUUUGGCAUGUUUGAACUUCUUGUGAAUACCAGAAGGAAAUCAGGCACUGUUGCUCAGCAGACACUGAAGAAACGUAGCCCUGUUGGAUUUGCUCGUUUUGUCAAAGAGAAUUACAGCUCUGUGAAACAGUCAAGGACAGAUUUAAAACAUGGUGAUGUAAUGCGACUGUUAGGACAACAGUUUUCUGCUGUGAAGAUUGGGCCAGAGGCCAGAAAACAAUAAGCCCCAUCACUGAUUAUCAUUGUGUUGUAAACCAUACAAGACUGUGAAAAAUGACGAGCGUAAUGUAUCAAAUGUUUUUGUGACAAUAUGUAUAGUAAUUCAGUGAUGUCAUUUGACAUUGUAAUAAUUUUAAGAUUGACCAGUGAUUGCAGACAAAUAGUACAAUGACAAUAUUUAUGGUACUAUGCAAUACGGAAUAUAUAAUUAGAUUGAAAGAGUAAAACUUUGUUUUACAUUCCAGAGCAUAUAUUGCCAUAUAUAAAUACAGUGAUGGUCCAUUUUUACAUUACCCAUAAUCUAACAGAAAAUGUACUCUCAGACUCAUAAAUUAAACUGGACAUCAGUGGUAUAA